CGCACUCGAGGAGCCGGAGCAACUCUCUCAGUCCCGGGACUGGCACAGCCCGACCCCUGUUCCGGCGGAGCCCGUCGAGAGAGCGCCAGGUGCCGGCGCCGAAGCCGUCGCUCAACCCGGACAAGUUCAGCGACGUGUGCGAGCAGACGGGCGUCACGCUGUCCCGGUACAUGAUCGAGUUGAACAAGCGCGGCGUCGUAGACGCAGACCUUAAUUCCAUCAUGGCGUCGAUUUCCGAGGGCACGAAGGUCAUCGCCAACCUGAUCGCGAAGGCGCCCCUGCGCCAGGCGGACCUCCUCGGGCUCGAGGGGGAGGUGAACGUGCAGGGAGAGGACCAGAAGAAGCUCGACGUCAUCACCAACGAGGUGCUGAAGAACGCCCUGCGGUACACCGGGAAGCUUGGGACACUGGCGUCCGAGGAAGAGGACAUACCCGUGGCCGUGGAUGAUGAUAUGAACGAUGAGUUCAACACCAAGAUCGUCGGGGAGACGGGCUCCUACGUGUGCGUCUUCGACCCCCUGGACGGCAGCAGCAACGUCGACGCGGGCAUCCCCGUGGGCACCAUCUUCGGUGUGUUCAAGGAGCCCGAGAACGGCGAGUGCGAUAUCGACUUGGAUGGCGGCGAUCUGGGCGAGGAUGAUAAGGCGUGCCUGGCGGCGACGCUGCAGCCGGGCAAAAACCUCGUGGCAGCUGGGUACGUGUUCUACUCGGCCUCCACGGAGUUCGUCGUCACCUUCGGGAACGGGGUCAUCGGCUUCACGCUGGAUAAGGACAUCUGCGACUACAAGCUGACCCGCCCGUCGAUCGUGAUCCCGAAGCGCGGCAGCAUCUACUCCCUCAACCAGGCCAACAUGGCGCAGUGGGACGAGCCCAUGAGGCAGUGGAUCUCGGACCUCCAGGCGGGGAAGGGCCAGACAGGCAAAAAGUACACCCAGAGGUACAUCGGCUCCAUGGUUGGGGACGUGCACCGCACGCUCCUCUAUGGUGGCGUCUUCGCGUACCCGGCGGACGAGAAGAACCAGGA